CACAUGUAAAAAACGGACAUGAUGGUCGCUGUUUGUUGCAGUGUGUGGUGUGAAACAAAUCGCAGAAAUAAUCGAGUUGGGAAUCUAGUCCUGCCAUAUAUUUUAUGUUUAGCUUUGGAGCGUGAGACUGAGAUAUCAUUCCGAUUCAGAUCUCCGCGUCCAGUUCGUCCUCUAGAAUCGCAGCAAAGCGCUCGCAUUAGAUACUAUUUGACACACGACACACGCCUGAUGGGUUCAGUUUCCAGUGCAGAAAAAGUAAUAAUGCCGGUGACCCGUGAAAUGGUGCAGCAGAUGGUCGACGCGGACAUGGUUGUCAUCUUUUCCAAAUCCUACUGCCCCUACUGCAAGCUUGCGAAAGAGGUCUUCCAAAAAAUGAAACGACAAUUCACAGCCAUCGAAUUGGACCAACGCGACGAUGGCGACGAGAUUCAAAGCGUGUUGGGCGAAAUGACCGGGGAAAGAACCGUGCCCCGAGUUUUUGUCAACCGUAAGUGUCUCGGGGGUGGAACUGACGUCAAAAAAUUGUACGAUUCCGGGAAAUUGGAGGAGAUGUUCCCAGACGCAUAAAGAUAGCGCGAAAUUAACCUAUAAAUAACGAAUUGUUUUGUAAUAUCGAACACGAUUUCUCGUCCGUUAUCCGCAACUAUUAUUUAACGAAUUAUGUCUGUAACUUAUUAAUAUUAUGAUUGAGUAAUAAAAGCACAAGUUAUGAAAAAAUUUUAAAUGAA